UUUAAAGGAGCCUAAAACCCCCCGCCCCACUUUCUCAACAGUCUUGCUUUUUUUUUGCUCCACAGUGAAUGGCCUCCAAGCUCGGACCUUUGGGAUCUGGACGCUGCUCUCAUCAGUGAUUCGCUGCCUCUGUGCCAUCGAUAUCCACAACAAGACGCUCUACCACAUCACACUCUGGACCUUCUUCCUCGCCCUGGGGCACUUCCUCUCUGAGUUGUUUGUGUAUGGGACUGCGGCUCCCACGAUUGGCGUCCUGGCACCACUGAUGGUGGCAAGUUUCUCGAUCCUGGGAAUGCUAGUUGGGCUCCGGUACCUGGAAGUAGAACCAGUGUCCAGACAGAAGAAGAGGAGUUGAGGCCAGCACCACCACCUCCAAGGCUUCGUCUUCCACCUUCACUUCCUCUUCCUCCAUCCUCUCUGCUCUUUAAUCUCUUCUUUUCUGCUCUAUGAUAAGCCCCCUUAUCCACUUCUAGCCUUUAUGUUUUGUUUUUUUUUAAUUUAAAAAUUUUAAGAUAUACCAUACAUACAGAAGAGUAUAUGAUACAUAUGCACAACUUAAAGAAUUACUUUUAAGUGAGUAUGAUAUACCUCCAUCCAGAUUAAGAAAUUGGCAGUACCUCCGAAACCCUGUGUAUCCUUCCCCCACCUGCCACCUCUUCCAGGAUCCCUUUUCCAGCCUCCUGCUUUUCUCCUUUUAUUUUGAAUCUUUGACUUGACUUGUGUGGUGGGAACACGUGAACUCUGAAACUUAAAGCUGCUGCCUUACCCACAGCAGCUGCCACCAAGGGCUGCUGUAAGGGGUGGUCCACUCACGUUGGGCUCCUCUCUGCUGCUGGACCCAAGACCGAACCAUCCAAGGAACAGGCAGGUCUUCUACAAAGGGCUCCUCUGUGAGUGAACAUGACUCAUGUCCUUGUAUCUACUGGGGGGUCAGGUUCGGAAGUGUCUGAGCUGCUUUUAGACCAUCUGGUCAGCUGUAUUUGUGGAACAAAUUUUGUAAUAAAUAGAAAACCUCUCUGUUCUCA